AUGAGAGCAUUUCUAACGCUCUAUCUACGAAGUAAGUUAAACUUUACCGACGAAGAAGCGACAGAAAUAUAUCAUGUGUUCAGUACAUUUUGUUACUUUUUCCCAAUCUUGGGUGGAAUCCUUGCUGACAAUUAUCUUGGCAAAUUUAGGACAAUUUUAUACCUAAUGUUUAUAUAUGCGGUUGGAAAUAUGCUUGUUGCUGUAACAGCGAUACCUGUUCUUGAUAUGCCUAAGCGAUUAUGGACAGUAAUAGGUCUAUUUCUAAUAACCGUGGGUACUGGUGGUAUAAAGCCUUGCGUUACAUCAUUUGGUGGGGACCAAUUUCUUCUUCCGCGGCAAGAGAAGCAAUUAGCUCUAUAUUUUAGCAUAUUGUACUUCAAUAUAUGCACGGGAAGUCUCAUUGCGAAGACGAUAUCCCCUAUAUUGAGAUCUGAAGUGCAUUGCUUUGGGGAUAAAGACUGCUACUCGCUGGCUUUCGGCGCUCCGGGACUGGUCGUGUUGAUGUCUAUAGUAAUUUUCGUCAGUGCGAAGAAUAGUUACGUAAUGAAGAAACCGGAAGGGAACACGUUAUUUGAUUUCGUUAAAUGCGUUUCUUUAGGAAUUAAAAAUUUAGUCACAAAAAAGAGAAAUGAAGAGCAAUCUCACUGGUUGGACAGUACGCAACCCAAAUAUGACAAGCGAUUCAUAAAGGAUGUGAAGAAAACUUUGUCGAUUUUGAUGUUAUUCACUGUGUUGCCAGUGUUUUGGGCACUCCUUGAUCAAUUGGGUUCCAGAUGGACAUUGCAAGCCACGAAAAUGGACGGUCGGUUAGGAUUUAUAACGAUCAAGCCAGAUCAGUUACAAGUGUUCGCGCCGAUUUGUAUUCUUAUUCUUAUACCGCUCUCCCAAAAGACAACUUACCCAGAACUGCCACAGUCGGGAUUUUCACAGUUACGCAUAUUCAAUGGAAAUCCAUGUUCAAUAUCCAUACAUAAUGAUCAACAAAACAUUAUAUACACUAUUCCCUCUCUUUCACAUUAUACUAAUAAGCAUAUACGCGUGAAAGAGAUAGAAGAAUUACAGUUUUCCAUAGGCGGUAAUUGUAUUGAGCCCACUAACGAAGUUUUUACUUUAAAAGAGAAUAAGGCUAUGUCUUUUUAUAUUAAUGGCAUUAAUGUGUUCAGAUUUGAAGAAAAUGUAGACAAAAGUAAAUCUGGACUACCGGUUGUGAGAUUUCUCCCAUCGCAUCGCGUAAACACAUCUGAGAUUUAUCUAUUUAACGAGAAACGUAAGGAAGCAGAAUUAUAUAUAAAUGAUAAAUAUCAACAAACGGAAGUGUUUAUGUCUGUUUAUUCUAUACGUGUUAACGAUUCUGUGAUAGCGAGUGAUAUUGAGAUGAAUAAUGGCGGCGUCUAUACUGUAGUGAUUGAUAAUACUGGUGGUGAUUAUCGGACAAAAGUUAUAACAAUAACAGAACCGAAUUCAAUAACAAUGGCGUUAUUGUUGCCGCAGUUUUUGAUCAUUUCAACAGCUGAGGUGUUAUUUGCGGUAACGGGUAACGAGUUCGCGUUUAAAGAAGCGCCGGAGAGUAUGAAAGCCGUUAUGUCAGCUGUAUGGCUCAUGACAGAAGCGGCCGGCAACGUUAUCAUAAUCGUUGUCACUAGAAUCUUCAUUAAUUAUAAGCAAGAAACUCAAUCAUUUAUAUACACUGGCAUGAUGUUUGUAUCGGUCGCGAUAUUUCACUUCAUGUCUAAGAGAUAUCAGUUUGGGGACGCGGCGGAAGCGAAGAAAGAGUGUAGGAGCAAUAGCGAAGUUCUCUACCAGCAAGUGAGACAAGCUGAAGAAUGUUUGGAACAC